AUGUCGCCUCUGUUCCCAACAGGGUCAGCACCAGCGCCGAAAGUGAAUAUAUCCGUGGGGGAACUCCCAGGAUACGUUUCAUCUUCUCAAGCGCCGACCAAGAGACCUCCAUGGCACACUAUUCGCGAGGUAUCAUAUGGCAGGUCUGCGACUAUCAUGCUACCGGAUGACUUGCACCGCAUUAUUUGGGAUAGCGUCAUGGCAGAUACGUCAAGACCAAAGUAUGCAAAGGUCAUCAUGAAGCUUGAAGACGUGCUCAAAGGAGACUUCUUCAAUGAAUACAUAAAGAAAGGUAGGACUCAUUCUACGCCUUCAAGGACACAAGGGAUCAACAAGGCGCCCACAGCGGUACCCGCAGACUCUGAUGGGUGUCUCCACUCAGGAAAUAUUCUCAUGAUCUCUGAGGGAGAACCGGGCGUUGACGACACCUUCUCACUAAAUGAGGGAAUAUUGAGUAUAGAACUUUCGAAAGCCUCCUAUGAGCGAGCCGGCCUGCAGGGUGUACCCGUGUCGUCUUCCAGCGGUAGAAAGCACGUCAAAUCAAGAUAUCUUGUGGAGGUCAACCUUCGCCUUCCCUCAAUGUUACGCGGGAAGCAAGGAUUCGAUCGCCUGGUUUGGGCUGCACAGCAUACUCUGAACAGGAGUCUAAACUGGCUCUUCCUGGAUCUGGAUGCAGGUACUGGCAUGCGCUUGUAG